CAAAUGGCCCUCCUCUGUCAGAAGAAGAUGAAGCUAGGACUUCUGCUAUGGAGGAGUCCUUCCCAACACUCUCUCUCGCUACCUUCCCUUCCCUUUCCAAGCCCCACAACCAAACACCCCAUCCUACUCAUCUCCGCCAACACCCAGGAGGAGCUCACGGCGAGGGAGAGGAGGCGGCUCAGGAACGAGAGGAGAGAGAGCAAAGGCGCCACCAACUGGAGAGAGCAAGUGGAGGAGAGGCUCAUCAAGAAGCCCAAGAAGAGGUACGCCUCUUGGACCGAUGAGCUCAACCUCGAUAACCUCGCUAAGUUGGGUCCCCAGUGGUGGGUUAUUCGGGUUUCCCGGAUCAAGGUCCAGGAUGCCGCCGAAGUCCUCGCUCGCUCACUGGCAAAGAACUUCCCGGACAUGGAUUUCAAGGUCUAUGCUCCAGCCAUCCAUGUGAAGAGGAAAUUGAAGAAUGGUUCCUACUCAGUCACACCAAAGCCCCUGUUUCGUGGGUGUGUUUUCUUAAGAUUUGUAUUGAAUAAAGAGAUACAUGACUUCAUAAGAGAGUGCGAUGGAGUUGGGGGCUUUGUUGGUUCCAGAGUCGGAAAUACGAAAAAACAGAUCAACAAACCUAGGCCAGUAUCUGUUGUUGAUAUGGAAGCGAUCUUUAGACAGGCAAAAGAGGAACAAGAAAAAACUGACCGAGCUUUUGAGGAAGACCAGCAAAAGGAAAGCCUCAACUCUGAGAUGCCCAUUGUUGACUCUCAUUUAGAUCCCAAUGAUGAAACAAAAUCUGAGAUGGAUUUGAAGCCAAAAAGGAAAUCCAGAAAAGCUUCUGAUCCUCUCACAGAUGGUUCAUCUACAGCGAAGGAUUAUAAGCUCCUUGUCCCAGGUUCAACUGUUCGGGUUGUAUCUGGAACUCUUGCAGAAUUCGUAGGCAACCUUAAGAAGAUGAAUCGCAAAACUGGAAAGGCAACUGUGGGGUUCACGCUAUUUGGGAAGGAAAGUUUGGUAGAUCUAGAUGUCAAUGAUAUUAUUGCAGAGACUAACUAAUGUAAAUAAUGUCUUUCCAUAUGAUCAUCAUGGGUAAAUUUAUCAACCAUGUGAUAUAUUUCCUUCCUUUACAGAUGUUUCUCACUUAUCUGUAUGGAGAAUGUGGUGCCCUGUCAUUAUGUGAAAGUAAAAUAUGCUUGUUUCAAUAUGAGGUGCGGGAUAUGAGCUGAGUCAUGGCUUAUAUAUUGAGUUUCAUUAUGACAACA